AUGCCCCCGCCCGGCGGGUUCGAGGCAAUCAAGUACAAACGUUCGCUGCCUUUCCGUGGUCCAAGCGGUGCGGUCUUAUUGGGAGGCAUUGCGGCCGUAUGUGCAUAUGGGUUCUACAAGGUUGGGAAGGGAAACUUGGAGCGAAGGGAGUUGAAACGGGAGAAUACGUGGGCACGAAUUUAUUUGGUACCGUUAUUGUUGGCCGAAGGGGAUCGUGAUGCGUAUCGCCGCGAACAAGCAUCGCUUGCACGCGAGCGAGAGAUUAUGAAAGAUGUCAAAGGCUGGGAGGUUGGGAAGAGUGUGUACCAUAACACCAAGUACAAGCCGCAGGAAACAGUCGUGGUCAUCUGA